CGGGCCGUUACACACCUACAUUACUUUGGUCAAGCACACAGCGGGAGCAUCACAGAAGCAGCGAGUGAGACUCCUUUCUCUCCUUAUACGGAAAUCUGCACGUAAAUAAGAACAACCAUGUCUGACAGAAAGGCCGUGAUCAAGAAUGCGGACAUGUCCGAGGAGAUGCAGCAGGACGCGGUGGAGUGCGCAACACAGGCGCUGGAGAAGUACAACAUCGAGAAGGACAUCGCUGCCUAUAUCAAGAAGGAGUUUGACAAAAAGUACAACCCCACCUGGCAUUGCAUCGUGGGAAGGAACUUCGGCAGCUACGUGACUCACGAGACCAAACACUUCAUCUACUUCUACUUGGGUCAGGUGGCCAUCUUGCUCUUCAAAUCGGGCUGAGCGACGCCACAUGAUUAUACAGACCGCAAUGAACUGACUGUACUGACGAGGCGAACCAUUCCUGUACUGGGACCUGCCUUCUCUCGGCUGCUUCUCUUCUCCUUUCAUUCUGAUUAUUGUUUAGAAAACGGCCAUUUGGGAGGGAAAUGCCAUAACGAAACAACUGUAUUUAUUCUUGUUUUCUAUACAGCGUUUUAUGUCACCUGCGUUUUUUUUUAAUUAAAGCAAAAUGGUUUGGCCGUUUGCCUGGAA